CUGCGCUGACGUGGUGUCCCUGUUCUGUGUAGGUGGAAAUGGAGCUCAGGCUCGGAAGCGUCAGCGCGGGGUUAUGUUUGUGGUGAUCGAGGCGUCCGGGCCCUCUUAGGAAGCGAAUUUAUCUUCAGGAGUUGUUGAGCAGUAGUCACUAUGUCAAAUAAGGAGGUGAAAACAGCAUUGAAGAGUGCUAGAGAUGCAAUACGAAAUAAAGAAUAUAAGGAAGCCUUAAAACAUUGCAAGGCAGUGUUGAAGCAAGAAAAAAAUAACUACAAUGCUUGGGUAUUUAUUGGCCUGUCAGCUGCGGAGUUAGAGCAGCCUGAUCAGUCCAAAGGAGCAUAUAAGAAAGCUAUUGAAAUUGAACCAAACCAGUUACUGGCAUGGCAGGGAUUAGCAAAUUUAUAUGAGAAAUCCAACCAAACAGAUGUCAAAGGAGACUUGGCAGAUGUUUACAAAAAGCUCUUGGAACUCUAUAAAAGUGGUGACAAGCAGAAAUGGUUUGAUGUAUGUAACAAGCUUGUGGAACUAUAUCAUCAAGAAAAGAAAUAUUUAGAGGUGGCUGAAACAUGGCAGAAACUAAUACAGAUGAAACAGGAGGAAGGUGCAGAAAAGGCCGAGCUUCACCAGCUUUGGAAGAAGAUGACCCAGUUACUGAAAGACAGUACCCAGAACCAGGAUAAUAAGACUGCACAGCUGCUUUUGACUGCUUUUGAACAUGCGGUGAACUCUGCUGACUCUGGUCCCAGUGAAGACCAUCAAAAUCUUUACAAGGACUUUAUUCAGUGCUUGUCAAAAUUUCCUCAUGAAACAGCUAAGUUGGAAAGGGCUUGUGAUGAUAUGAUGGCUUUGUAUCCUACUGUGAGUUAUCCUUUAGAAGUACUUUGCUUGCACCAUGUUCAGUCAGGUACUUUGUCGGAAGAGGCCUUGCGCUGUUUUUCUAGGCUUUUAGAGAUGGAUGCAAGUAGUGGCCCAGGCAUCAUUGGUUUUGGUCUAAAAUGCUUCCAAGAAAAGAAAUACAAGGAGGCUAUUGAGAGUCUUACUGAAGGUUUGAAGAAGACUAGCCAGUGUCCAGCAGCAUGGCAUUGUUUGGCAAACGCACAGAGGAAAAUUCACAGAUACAGGGAUGCUGUCCUGACCUGCAAUCAAGCUCUUGAGGUUCUUGGAAUACCUGAGGGUCCUAGUCUUCGGUGGAAGAACCUUAUCCUUCAGUUGAAAGCAGAGGCUUUGAUUAAAAUUGGUGAUGCUGAUGCUGCAGAAGAAGCCAUUAAAGCACUUGAGCAGAUUGUGGAUGCAAGCAGCGAUCCAGUGGUUUUAGCUAUCAGAGGUCAGGCUUAUCUAAUCAAAGGUUUAAUGGAUCAAGCCUCAGAGAUUUCACAAGAGCUUCUGUUGUCCCACCCUGAUCUGGCUCAGUCCCAAAAGAAUUAUGAACAGGCAGAAAGAAGUUUUCUAAAUGCUAUUGAAAAACAGGCUGAAACUGCAGAGUAUCAUCAGUACCUGGGGCUCACAUACUGGUUCAUGAGUGAUGAGACAAAAAAAGACAAAGGAAAAGCAGUUGCUCAGUUCUUGAAGGCUGCAAAAUUGGACAGCAACUUGGGAAGUGUCUUUCGUUAUUUAGGUAACUACUACCAAGACAUAGUUGGAGACAAAAGUAGAGCUUGUGGUUGCUAUAAAAAGGCUUUUGAACUGGAUGGAACCGAUGAAGAGUCUGGAACAGCAGCUGUAGACUUAAGUGUGCCGUAUGGUCUGGAAUACCCCUUUGGUCAGCCUGGGUCGGUUCCUGGCUGUGUCACAUCCCAGGAUCUUGCCCACCCCCAGCCCACUGGACUUGGUGAGUGCCAUCUCAUGCUGGCAAGAUCAGCCCUUGAUAACUUUCUUGAUAGUAAGGCUGUGGAUUACAUAGAGCAGGCUCUUGAAUUUUUUGCUAGGGCAACAAAGCACCGUCCUGAUGUAUCUUGCCUCUGGAAACUGUUGGGAGAUACCUGUACCAGUGUGCAUGUUAUUUCACCAGCCAAAGUGAAUGUUCAAGUUCUAGGAUCUCUAAUGGGUAAAAAUGCAGGCAAACAGAUGCUGAAGAAAAGUGAGAUGCUCAGACUGGGAGAAAGGUGUUACGGCACAGCUUUAAAAUUGAUGCCUUUGCCUAGCAUAUGGUGUGAUCUUGGAAUAAAUUAUUAUCGACAAGCAGAACACCUCACAGCAGUGGGCACUGACGUGAAUGAGACCAGUGAACUGCUAGCAAAGUCUUUGCAGUGUCUCAAAAAAGCUGUGAGGCUUGACAGCAGAAAUCAUCUUUAUUGGAAUGCACUUGGUGUGGUUGCUUCCUGUAGUGCUAUUGGGAAUUAUGCUCUUGCUCAACAUUCGUUCAUCAAAUCUGUUCAAGCUGAGCAAAUUAAUGUUGUUGCCUGGACCAACUUGGGGGUUUUGUAUCUGGAAACUGGAAACAUUGAGCAAGCUCAUGAAGCCUUCAAGAUAGCCCAGUCUCUGGAGCCUUCUUACCUACUGUGUUGGAUUGGGCAGGCACUUAUUGCAGAGACAGUAGGCAGCUAUGAUACUAUGGAUCUCUUCAGGCACACAACUGAACUCAGUAUGCAUACUGAGGGAGCAAAAGGCUACGCCCACUGGGUGUGUUCAACGCUGCAGGAUAAAAGCAACAGAAACACUGAACUAUAUCGGUACAACAUUGUUCAGAUGAAUGCUAUUCCAGCAGCCCAGGUGGUCCUGAGCAAAUACACAGAAAGAAAUCCAGAUGAUGCAUCUGCUUUCACAAUGCUUGGUUAUUUGAAUGAAUAUCUGCAUCUAAAAAGGCAGGCAGCAGAUGCCUAUGAGAGGGCUGCUUCAUUGCUGAAAAACUCUGAGGAUACUGAGAAAUACAAUACAGCAAUGCAAAACUAUGGCAGGUCACUGUGUGCCCUUGGUCAGUGUGAUAAGGCUAUUGAGGUUUACAGAUCAAUACCCCUAACUGAGUUUGAUGGCAUUGUGGGGAUAGCAUUAGCCUACUUCAAAAAAGGAUUCCUACAAGAAAGUAUCAAAGCAUAUGAAAAAGCCUUGUCCAUUGCUGAGUCUGAACAAGAUAAAGCACAUAUCCUGACUGCCUUGGCAAUAAUAGAGUAUAAACAGAACAAACAUGAUGCUGCAAAGGCGCUGCUGUUUAAAUGCUCAUUAAAGGAACCUAGUACGGAAAGUCUGACAGCUUUGUGCACGCUAGGACUGGUAAAGCAGGAUGCCACGCUUGCAACAGCAGCCUUAAAAGAAUUACUGAAGCAUGAAAAGGGGCAUGACAGGAUUUAUGAGAGGUGCCUUGUUGCAUCUGCUGUUUAUGCGUUGCAAGGUAGAAAUGUGGGGGUCCAGAGAGAAGUCUCCCGAGCAAUACACAGUAACCCUGAUAAUCCUGCCCUCUGGUCUCUUCUGUCUCGACUGGUUCCACUCUAUGCAUCACAAAAGGCAAAAGGGGGAGCUGUGGCAGGAAACAUCGCACAUGCACUUGAUGUAAACCACAGCAAGGAAGUCCUGCUGAACAUGGCAGUUAAUCAGUUGGCAGCAGGUUGUCACAUGUUAGAAGAUGAGAAAAACAAUCCUCUGAAAAAUAUUCAGAAGGCAAUCCGCCUCUGUCCAGAUAAUCCUGCUGCCUGGGCAGUGCUAAUGGCAGCCUGUCAUGCUGAAAACACUGUUGUCUGUCUCAACGACACUCAGCCGAAGCGAACAGAUCUAGAGAUGACACUCGUAUCUACAGUUUCAGCCAAAACUGGAGGAAACAACCUUCCACAUAAUUAUAUCCAGACCCUUGAAGACUGGUGUCUGUGUCAAGCUAUUACCAGUCUAGAGGAGAGUGGUAAGCUCUCAGAAGCCGAGGCUCUUUGUACCAAGGGUUUACAAAGCCGCCCUGAGCACCCAGCUCUGUUUUUGCUUUUGAGACAAGUUCAGUGUGAGCAGCUGUUGCAGUCUCACAAAGAACUUCCAGACAACAUCCUGGAGGAGCUUCACAAGACAGUCAUGACCAGUUCAACUUCAGUCACAGCCUGGCAAUGGCUGGCAAAAGUGUAUCAGUCUCAAAGAAUGAUGAUUGGAGCAGAGAUGUGUUACAGGAAGAGUCUGCAGUUGGCGUCACAGCAGGGCAGCUGGAAUGGGAAGUUUUCCAGUCUGCUCAGGCUAGCUAUGCUCGCACUGGAGAUCUGCAUGGCUAAUGUCUCAAAUGAGCACUGGCUAUCCUUGGUUCAGGAGGCAACAACUGAAGCUUUGAAACUUUCUUUUUGCCCCCUGGCAGCUCUCCUACAAGCACUGCUCCAGUAUAAUCGCAAAAUGGGAGCAAGGGAGACUCGUCGGAUGUUGGAAAGAGUGGUUUAUCAACCGGGGAAUCCAGAAACCGUAGUGUCGGUGGCGCGCUGGUACCUCCUGCGACAUCUGUAUGCCAAAGAUGAUUAUGAAUUAAUAGAUGUACUUGUAGAAAAUGCCAAAGCCAAUGGAGAUGUUAGAGCUCUGCAGCUAAAUGAGACAUUGUCAUCAAGUGCCUAGUAUGGACCAUCUCAAGUGAAACAUCUUCUGUUCAUGAAAAUUAAUCAGUCCAUCUCUAGGAACAAUGUGGUUUGGGCUUUGUUUGUUUGUGUCUGGUUUUGGUCUUCUAUUGCAUCAGCUGGGACUUUGUCUUUAGUUUUAUUUCUUUUUGAAGAAAAGCAGGUUAUAUCGGUUCCACCGUAUGCUUUAUAUGAAAGGAAAACCCUGAAUUUUGCUUUUGUUUUCUUCCUCACUGAAACUUCAGUGCUAUUGGCAAUAGAGAGUACUCCCCUUAUCCACAUACAGAAAUAAAAUAUUAACUGCACUGGCUGUAAUGCAAGGUUUUCUUGGCACAGAAUCUUACUGGCUAACUAGCAACAAACUCUUGUUCUCUCCCAGAUACUGUAAAACAGUCAGAGAUUUAAAAUACUUUUAUUCUUCUGAUACGCUUUGGUUUGGAGUUGAAACCCAAAUCAACUUGGAACUUCAUGUGUGGUUUUUUUUUUUUUUUUUUUUUUUAGCUGAUCUUCCUUACAGCAGUGUAUCCUCUUGACUGUAGGCUUCAGUAAACAUUCCCAUCAAGAAAAGCUUGUGAUCAUCAGGGACAGGGUCGUAUUUAUAAAUGUGUAUAACAGGCUCUAUUUAUGUCUUGGUAGUUCUGCUGCUGACUGCUUAAUUGGAUGAAUCAUGACAGUGGUUUGAAAGGCGUGAUUUCAUCUUGCUUCUAUGUACAUGAAAAUAAAAAAAAAA